UUAUAUAUAAAAAAGAAAGUCCCCCCAUUUUCCAUGAUUGAUUUUCUUUUGGACUUUUUAGCCUCUCGCAUACGAAAAAGGGUAAAACUUUAUGGGGAAGAUCAAGCCUUUCAAGCAGGAGUUCUCAUUCGAUGAACGACUUGAAGAAUCGAAAAGUAUCAUCGCAAAAUACCCAGAUCGAAUUCCGGUGAUCAUUGAAAGAUAUUCCAGGACAGACCUGCCUGAAAUGGAAAAGAAAAAAUUUCUUGUUCCAAGAGACAUGUCUGUCGGCCAGUUUAUUCAUAUCUUAAGCAGCAGGCUUCACUUGACUCCUGGGAAAGCUCUUUUUGUGUUUGUGAAGAACACAUUACCUCAAACAGCCAGUCGUAUGGAUUCCAUCUAUGAAAGUUUCAAGGAGGAUGAUGGUUUUCUGUAUAUGUGUUACAGCAGCGAGAAAACCUUCGGCUGAUCCUUCCAUCUCCUCCCCUAAUAAUCUAAUCGUUCAUAUUAGCAACUUGUAAGUAUCUGCUGUUAACUUGUUCUCAUUGCGAAGGGGCCUGUGAGGCUUGCUUCACUGUAUUCUCUCAUGUUCAUUGUAAAUUUGAUUUUUUGUGAAUUCUGUAAAGUUCGUGACCUUCAAUAAUUCCAUAUUUUCAUUCCAAU